GUGAUUUGAAUGCAGACUUAAAACAGGUGUAAUUGCGUGUGAGGGUGACCUUAUAAACGCCUUGACCUCUCUCUUUGUCACCGUAAUAUUUAUCUUCGUAAUUUGAGGAAUUCUGCGGAUUAUUGAGGUGGGGACAGAGGGUUUUAUUUGUCCUUGUUCAGGGAGGCAGUUCGUGCCUCAUCGUUUUUUUUCUGUUGUGGCCUGUUAUCUGAAACGUCAGGCGUCGGUCCAUGAUGGCGUCGUUGCGUCAUCCUGGCGCCCUGACCUCGUAUGGUCCGACAAAGAGAAGAGAAGUUAAAGGGGAUUGUGUGCGUGGAAAGUGAUGUAAUACUUGAGGGUUAUCCUGCGGUCCAGUUGAUUAGUGACAAGACAAUAGAAUGAAGACGUAGAUAUCUGUGACAUUAAUCAUUCACGUUUAAUUGACUGUACACGAGCUGUUAUUAUGAGAGUAGGCUGUGUAGUUUCUGUUAUCAGAUGUAAAAAGAUGUGUCUUAAGAAUGUGAUGAUAGGAGGUUGUGAUUCUCAGAAGUAACUGAAGGUUUAUCGAGCGAUUUCCGAUUUGUUCCUUACCUCGCCGUCUUCGUAACAUGGACAUGUCCGUGGAUUGCAAUACAACGGGCGAGACCAAGGGAUUGGCAAAACGGGCCACACCGUACACACGUGGCCAGGUUACGCUGUUUGGCUUCAAGCGACGCCCUGCGUCGGCAAUACCAGCUCCCGUUACCAACGCACCCACCCCAAUCUUGGAUAGUCCUGGGAGCUUAGCCAGUAGCAAGACAGCUUCCAAGGAGUCACUCAACAGUAUUAGCCCAAUUCCAUCAGGGAAAUCCACCCCAAGGCUCGCUCGGCCAAAGAAAGAUGUGGAUGGAAACUUGAUUAGGACCAAUCGCUUUGGCUUUCGAGGCCCCACUGCAGGCUCAGUCACAAAUAAAGUCGCUGAUUCUAACUGCAAUAAUAACACAGCUGUUAUGUCUUCACAUCGUGCAUCAAGCCAUCACAAUCAGGGAAACCACAACGUUCUCAUUGCUGAGAAACCGAGGGCUAAAGGGGGUGGUAAAGUUGUUACACCUGUGACUCCUAGAAUAAAACACUCUUCACAGUCUGUUGCAAGCAGUGGUGGUAGUGGCAAGACAAAAAAUCAGCACUCCCUCGUUUCACAACUUGGGAAUCAUGAACAAGGGAAAGCUUCCCGAUUCACCCUCCAAACUUCACUGCUACCCAAACCUCAGUAUCCUAUUCGACUCACAUCUGUUGAUAGCGAGAAAACAACAAAAGGAGCUAAAACAGCUGCAAACAACAGCACAAGGAAGGUGUCAUACCAGGUGUUGGGUGGAGAGGAGUCGUCAUCAAAGGAAGGCUCACUUAAUGGUGAUUCAGGAAUUGGUAGCCACCAGAGUGGAGCUGCGUGCUAUGGAGAGACGGAUACCCUGCAAGGUAUCGAGCAGCUUGAUAGCAGUCCAACGUUUGGCGUUCGUAGAAAUCGUAAAUCACGAACCCUCGAGAUGGUCGUGAAUGGCCAGUACUUUGAUGUUCGAGACCUAAAAGAUGAAGUUUCUUGUACUGCUGAUGAUCCAAAUGUAAUUACUGAAAUAUCUUUGAUCUCAAUUCCAAGUUCAAAACCUACAAGUGGUGCAAUCAAAAUAAUUCAAAACACUGGGAUAGUACAACAAAGGUCAUUGCAAUAUCAGAGGCAGAUCACGAGUAAUAAGAGACAGCAGAAUUCUUCCACUGCAUCCUCAGAUGAGUUCCAGGAUGACGAAGGUCUUGGUGGAGAAGAGGAGGAAAAAGCUUUUAGAGACCGAUCACACAGUGAGAAGACUGAAUCUGUUAAAGACCUUUUUGCACCAGUCGGUAUUGAGGAACAGGAAGACUGGGGACAUGGUGAGGCAAUGGCAGAAGAGUACAGUAGCUCCAGUGAGGAUGGACGUGCUGCCCAUUGUAGUUCAUCACCUGAAGAUAUGAACUUGAAUGUUACAACUGCAGCAACAGUUGUGGAAACUGUUCAGCAACCACAGUCUGUCAUACUUGCCAUCGAGGAUCCGUUGUUUGCAGCGAUAGCGGCUGCUGCUUCACCAACUAUGAUUGAAGAUGAGACAUCUCCAGUUGAUAGCCUCUUUAGUAGCAGCACUGCCACCAGUACUGCAUCUGAUAUUAUGGAGAAGGACCAUGACAAGCCGCUGUCAGACCUUCUCCAGACGGAUAACAGUAAGAAUGUGCAGGAUCCUUACAGGUCUGCACAGCAAUCUGCGAACAUGACGAGCCCUGACAGCCCUGGAACUCCCACCAAUGCCUCCACAUCUCUGUCUCUGUCUGUGUCAGAAGGAAGAGACUUCCUUAUUGAUGAUGAAAUCGCAGAUCAGCCUGGGCUGACGUUUGGCGAUGGUAGUAAUACUACGCCGAUAGGACAAGGUGGCAGUGGUGACGUGGCCACGUCUUCUGGAGGCUGUACCAGCCAACUUUUAUCUAUGACAGAAAAUACAGCUACACUUGUAGACUCCUCCAAAUCUAGACCAGCUCCAAAAAGACAAGUUUCAGCAUCUGCUGAUGGCAGCCCUGUGAGGGCAAGACGAAUUAGCAGGACCGGAUCUGUUGACACCCUCUCUCCCUGUGAGAGCAUCGCAUCUGAUGACCUAAUGCUGGACUACGAGCGCAGCGAGGGAAGCAUAUUUGACUGUACAGCUGAAAGUCGUCUGGACAAUUCAAGUGGGGUCCUGCAUCAACUGGAUGAAGUGACGGUGAUAUCGGAGCUAGAGGCACAGUCUGACAGUGUUUUGCGGGAAUGGUCAUUGCUGCUUGGAACACGCGCCAAGGAAAAUGGAAUGUGUCAUCAGGAAGGGCCAAGAAUACAUAGAGGUCUGGAGUUGAAUGGGGCACAUCAGCUUCCUAUAUUUCUCGGGAGAAAACGUAAAUACUAAAGAAGAACCACAGAA